AAGAAGAAGAAUAUAUGUCACCAUUAAGCUGUGGUAAACGAAGUUCAAAUCGUGACAUUGAUACAAUGUUAGUUGAUGUGCCAUUGUCGAAAAAACAAAAAAUACUUGAAGAAAACGCUUAUUUAGCUGAAUUUCAACAUCGAUAUCAUCAGCAAGCUCAAGCUAUAUUAUAUGCUCAUUAUCAAAGAGAACGGGAACAACAAAUGUCUGCAUUUAGACCAUGGGCACAAUCGAAACCUCCUCCUCCACCACCAGCAUCUAUGUUAUCUUUGCCAUAUAAUGUCGCUGUGGCAGCAGCAACAUUGCCAUAUUUAAGUCAAGAACCACCUGUAUUACAGAAUCCCGAACGUGUUGUACGUAAUACAGAAAGUGAAAGAUUUGAACGUACUUAUCAGCCAAAUGUUGCACUAGCACCACGUAAAAGUAUAUUAUCAAAAGAAAGGGAAAGAGAAAGAGAGCGCGAAAGGGAGCGUAAUGAAAGACGAAAUAUAAAUGAUAGAAAUAAUAGUAGUAGCACUAGUAAUACAAAUAACAACUUAAAUAGUAAUAUUAAUGAUAAUACUAAUAAUAAUAAUAAUAGUAAUAAUAAUAGUAAUAAUAAUAAUAAUAAUAAUAUAAAUAGUAAUAAUAGUAGUAAAAAUGUUAAUAAUUGUAAUAGUAAAAAUAAUAAUGUUGCAAUUACAACAAAUUUAAGUAAUAUUGUUGAUAUUCGUAUUAAACAAGAAAGGCCAAAUUCUCCACCUUUAAUUGAUGCACAACAGCAGCAACAACAACAAUCCUCUGAUAACAUUCAUGGCAAUAUGGUUGUAUCAUCGCCAAUAUUAAGUAACAAUAGUAGUAGUUGUAAUAUUAAUAGUAAUAGCAAUAGUAAUAACAAAAUAAGCAAUAAUAAUAGUCAACAGCAACCGUUACGUCAUCUUCAUCAAUCUCAUGUUCAACAACAACAAGUACAUAGUAAUACAAGUCAUCAUCAAUAUAAUAUUCAUCAAUCUUCGCACAAUCAAUUUAGUAGUUUACCAAUUGGAAAAAUACAAUCAAGUAACAAGAGCUGUUUGAGUGGUAAUGUUAAAAUUCAACCGUGUAGUCCGGAAGAAUUUUCCGGUUCAAAUGAAAUAACUUCAUCAACUUCACCAGCACCACAACAAGAACAGCCAAAUAGUCAAACAAUAAAACAAAAUAUUAUGAUUGCUACAACGUCACCACAAUCAAUAACACCACCAACGCCUGUUAAUGCAAAUGAUGAAAGCAAUAAUUAUUUACAUCGUUCAUCUCAUUUAAAACAACAUCAUCAUACGACGAAUGUUGCCGAAAAGAUAAUUAAGACUACAUCAUCACAUCAAACCAUUAUUAUACCCAAACAAGAAAAAUCAAAUUUAUCCAGUAUUAUUGAUCCUGUUGAAGCUGAUGCGAAUGCAACAACAACUAUAACGACAGCAGCAACGAAUCAAGGUCAACGAAUUCAUAUUAGUAAAAAUUUGUUAGAUAAUCCAAAUGUAGUCAGAUCUCCAACUCCGCCAUCUUUGCGUGAGCAAUACAAUCUUAAGGCACGUACAAUCCAUCAUCACCAUCAAAUGCAACAAUUACAUUUACAGCAACAGCAGCAAAUGCAACAACAUCAUCCGUCUUCAGCGCAAACAACAUCGUCUUCCAAUUUAGGAUUUAUUCCAAAUUCACCGUCAACAACCACAACAGGUGUUACAAGUGGAGGGGUUCUUGUGAAAAAUUUUGCAAAUAUUAAUGGUGGUGAGAACGCUAAGGCACUUCAUAGUAGAGAACAUGAUCAAAUACAUGCAAAUUAUAAUCAUGAUACUCACGGUGGUAAUUAUCCACACCAAAGCAUUCAUCAAUCACAGCAUGUGCAGCAUUCCGAAUUUGAUGCAUUACCGCCUGACUCUGACGAAGAAAGCCUUAAUGGUGAACCAGAUAGUAGUAUAUCUGCGGCUGCAGCUGCUGCUGCAAAUUCAGUUCCAUGGGACUUAGCCGCUGAAGCAUUAAAAGACGCUAGUUCUGUUGAUCGAGAAAAAAUUCUGCAAAUUAUAAAAAUGUUAGUUCAUGAAAAUGCUCAAUUGAGGCAAAAUAGUAUGGAUAAAUAUCAAUUAAUUCAAGAAUUAAAUGCUCGUAAUGAACAAAUUCAUGAAAUGCAGCAAGAGUUGCAAUAUUUGCAGCGACAAGUGUCAGCUUUAACAGCAGCACAUAAUAAAUUACAAACAUCAAUGACUUCUAAUAGUAGUGUAAUUGCAAAAACUGAAAAGACUUGCUUCAAAGAGACUCAAGAACAACAUCAACUGCAACACCACCAACUUAAUCAACAAACUUUAUUACAAAGACAAAAUGUAAAUGAUUCCAGUGGUGUAGUGCAGAAAGUACAACAACAAUCAACAAAUAAUAAUAAUAAUGACAAAUCAAGUGUGCCAAUAAAUGCUACAAUAUCAUCAUAUCAAAAAUCUGAAAAUGAAAAAAUUAAAGUGCCACUAAAAAAAUCAUUACGUCGUAGCCCAGAAGAAAGUGUUGUUGUAUUAAAUCAUCACAGAAAUAGUAUUGAUGAUGUAUCUGCAAUUUGUAAUAGUAGCAAUAAUAAUUCCGUUGAAAAUAAAAUUAAAAAUAACACCAAUUUGGACACAAAGACAAUCGAUUCUACAGUUAAUUGCAGCAACAAUAGCUCUAGAUCCAAUAUUAAUUCAACAAACAACAGUAAUAAUAAUAAUAAUAAUAAUAACCAUAAUAAUUCUGCAACAAUGACAACAGUUUCAUCAUCUUUAGCUACCUCAUGUUCAAAUCCUUUGUUAUCAUCUUCAUCAUCAUCAUCACUAUCAUCACCAUCAUCAUUAUCAACCUCAUCAAUAUUAUCAUCUUCAUCAACAGCAUCACCAUUAACAUGUACAACAUCAGCAUCAACAAUGGCAGCGUCAUUAUCUGUUGUUAAUUUAAAAUAUAAUAAUAAUAAUAAUUGUAAUAAUAGUAAUAAUAAUAAUAGUAAUAAUAACAAUAAUAUUAACAGUAAUAAUAAUAAUAACAAUAACAAUAAUAGUAGUAAAAAUAACAAUAAUAAUGAUAAUAACGAUAAUAAUAACGAUAAUAAUAGCAAUAGUCAUAAUAAUAAUAAUCGUAAAAACAGAAAUAUUAAUAAAAGUAAUACCGAUACAUCGAAUGAUAAGAUUUUAUUAAAUUCAUCAGAUUAUGAUGAAUUUGACGUCAAAAAUGCCACAAUUACCAAUUCAUCUUCGAAUAGCAGUAGUUCUGAUUGAGUUUAUAAGAAAAUAUUCAAAAUUAAAAAUAGAUAUUUGAUCAAUUUUUGAAAAAUUUUUCAUAUUAUAAUAAAAUAUUUUUAAAAACCGAUGAAAAUAUAUAAUAUUAUUAUUAUAUUACAUAUCUAUACAGAUUAUUGUAUUUAUGAACAUCAAUAAAUUCACUUUGUAAAAUUUGUAAAAUAUACAUAUAUGAUACAUAUAUACCUAGUUAUGUUGCAUCAAUUAAGUUUUUGAAAUAAAUUAAUUGAAAUUUUAUAAUUCAUAUAAUAUUUAUAUCUAAUAUUAAUGUAAAUAUAGUAUGUAUAUUAAUUAAAUGAUUAGCAAUCACUGCGCUGGCCGCACUAUUAUAAUUUCAGUAAUUUUACAUAAGUAAAUCGAAUAAAUAAGUAGUACCACUUAAAUAUUAUAGUCUAGUACUUAAAUAAGUACUUUACCAAUAGUAGUUUUUAGAGAAGAGGAAAAUAUUGCUUACUCUACAAUUCAGAAAUUACUAGUUUCUCUUUUACUUGUUUACGCAUUUACGAUAUUUUAGAAACAACU